CUUUGUCAUACCAUGUUACUGGUGUUGGAGUAAGGAUCACUAAAGUCAAGUGUUCUUCCUCAUCUCCAUCCUCCUCAUUUUCAUCUCCAUCCUCAUCUCCAAAACCUCAUCUGUCAUCACGUUUCUCCAAGACCUAUUAAAAGAACAGUUAUGAAAUUCUCAGUUGCUCUGAUCAUUGCAUUCGCGUUCACUGUAUCCUCAGUUUCGGCACAGAAUGACGGCAACAAUACAGAUGGAGCUAUAUGCACGACUUGUCUCCAGGAUUCACUUCGUGCUCUUCCACUCUGUAAGGAUCUCAAUAUCACCAUGGGAAGCUUUAAUCCAGGAGAAUCUGUUGCUUAUGCUGCAUGCAUGUGUUCUUCCUUGGAUGGAGCAUGGGUUGAUCUCUGCAAGGAUCCUUCAAAAUGCGGUCCUGACGUCGAAUCUUUCAAGGGGACAUACGCCGCCACGAUGGAGCAAGCUGGAUUAAGAUGCAAUGGAACGACGCCAACUUUUAUUCCUCAACCCACAGACCCUGUAGAGCCUAGCUCUGCACUUCCAACUGCCUCCGGUAGUGGGCCUUCAAUGGCUUCCCCUAGUGAUAAGCCAUCGUCCAGCAUCGUUGGCGCAAUGCCUUCGACAUUUUUCAUGCAGCUUAUGGGUGCUGUGUCAGUUGCUGUUGCUAUUGGAGCCAGCUUUAUCUAGAGAAGGGAAAUUAUAGUAAUAGUUUAUUAAAAUUACAUCGGCUCUGG